GCUGAUUAUUUUGUCUUCAAGAAAGAUCAAUGAAAUUUUAACAUCAAAUCUCUGUUUAGCUGAAAACAAUAAUCCACAAAAAGGAUGUGAGUUCAAGAGAGUGGCCACCAUUGCGAUGGAGGCCUAUCAGCAUCACAAUUAACUAAACAUAAUUAAGCCACUUCCUUACUGACAUCAUCAAGCAGGAAGUGACAUCACGAGCAUUUGUGUCUAAUCUGACGAUUUGAAGAUCUUUUCUGGAUUACAUUAAAAGUGGACGAGGACAGGAUUACAUCAAUUUACGUCUUUGCAACUUGUCACUCUGAUGAGAAAAUCCUUUAAUUAUCUUUGAUUUGUGCAUUGUUUGGUUUCCACCUCUCAGGAUCAGUGUAUGAAGGGCAUGAGUGGACAGGUAUGAGAUGCUUAUCUUCAACAGAGACAGAACAAAGCAAUAACGCCUGGCACGAGGAAAUCCCGAUUAGAGAUGGUCCCAGCCCACUGUGUAGGUUAAGGGUAGAUCCACCAGCUAGAUAAGAGGAUUUGAUAGGAAUUAAUGCCAGUCUUUUUAUUACCGUUAAGAAUACAUUCCCAUUGAUUUAUGUUUGGGUGACAAAGCACCACCGAGUCAAUCAGCUGAAGUAUGCGGAAUAGAUGCUGACGAUCCAACAAGCUAGUUUCACGUUUACAUUUAUUCUGGGAGACGUGUGAACAUCUUGAGAGGUCAUCAGGACUACCGUACCGUUUCCCAGCGCCCUCUCAGUUGAGGUUUGCUGGGGAUGGCCAGGACUCAGGAACCGUCCUGCCUUGGCUCCGUCACCGUGGAAGAUUUCUGGACCCUUGCUACAGGACCAAGAGCCCUAGAAGAAAAAGAACAAGUAUUCCAUCAUCGUAUUUGGCCAUGAAGUUAUUCCUGCUGACCUUCAGGCUGUUGUGCCUUGCUUGUCUCUGGCCCGUCACCCUGCUCAACAACCCCUACCCUAACCGGAAGAAAAACAAGGAUGUUUACUUGGUUGAGCACGCCAAACAGCGAUUCAGAGGCCGGAUUGACUACAAAUUAAAGCGAAAGGACAGCACCAAGUCCCUCCUCAUCAAAACGGAACAGCUGCUAAGGAUCGAAGACCAAGACUUUGCCAUGAGACCUGGAUUUGGAGGAUCUGCCAUCCCCGUGGGCAUUGAUGUGCAGGUGGAGAGUAUAGACAGCAUCUCUGAAGUAAACAUGGACUUCACGAUGACCCUGUACCUGAGGCAUUAUUGGAAGGAUGAACGCUUGGCGUUUCCCUCCAGUAACAAUCUGAGCCGCACAUUCGAUGGUCGGCUGGUGAAUAAGAUCUGGAAGCCUGAUGUCUUUUUCGUCCAUUCCAAGCGCUCCUUCAUUCAUGAUACCACCAUGGAGAACAUAAUGCUGAGGGUUUACCCAGACGGCAACAUCCUUUACAGCGUCAGGAUCACAGUUACUUCUCUUUGCUCAAUGGACUUCAGUAGAUUCCCGUUGGACACUCAGAAUUGUUCCCUGGAACUGGAGAGCUAUGCAUAUAAUGAGAACGACCUCAUGUUGUACUGGAAAAAUGGCAAUGACUCUCUAAGGACAGAUGAAAUUGCCCUCUCUCAGUUCUUCAUCGAAGAGUUCCACCCUUCACACGGUCUGGCCUUGUACAGCAGCACAGGCUGGUACAACAGGCUCUACAUCAACUUCAUCCUCAGAAGGCACAUAUUCUUCUUCAUGCUGCAAACGUAUUUUCCCACAAUGCUGAUGGUGGUGCUGUCCUGGGUGUCUUUUUGGAUCGACAGGCGGGCGGUACCGGCCCGUGUUUCACUUGGAAUCACUACAGUGUUGACUAUGUCCACCAUAAUUACGGGAGUGUCAGCGUCCAUGCCUCAGGUAUCAUAUGUGAAAGCGGUGGACAUCUAUUUGUGGACCAGCUUCCUGUUUGUGUUUCUGUCCGUCAUCGAGUACGCAGCUGUCAACUACUUCACCACCAAGGAGGAAAUGAAGAAACUCAAACAAUUAAAGCUCACAGACUACGAUGCAUCUCAAGCGAUGGCAUUCGACGGAUGUUUCCAUGACCAGGACAUAGAGCUCAGCGCAUUUCCUCGGCUGUCUGACCUAAACAUGGACACGUGCGUGUCCUCACGCAACUCCACAACACCUGACCUCCCUCCAAUCCUGGGCACGCGCCUCCGUCGACGGCGUUCCAUCCGCCAAAGUGUCAACCAUAUCAUGAACAACAGUUACAAGAUAGACUCCUAUUCAAGAAUAUUAUUUCCUUUAGCAUACUUUCUCUUCAAUAUCAUCUACUGGAGCAUAUACUCCUGAGCGAGAGAAAACUGGCCUGCUCAGGGUUUACAAGACUGUCGUACACUUGAUGUGUGAUCACAUGCCACAGUGAUAGAAUUCACACUCGCACACACUCAAAAACUGUAUCACAGGGUGAAAAAAGUAUAAUAAAUUAUUUAUUAUGUUAGAAUGUCAGAUUCCUAACUCUUUCUAAAAUAUAUGAAUAUAAAAAAUAUAUUUUGCAAAAGCGAAAUUAACAUAUAUUCAUAACACUACAGUAAUUGCUACAAAACAAUUAUCAAAACAUAAUACAUGUAAAUCACAUUACUAUACUUUGGCUUAACAGAACCCCUUCUGCUACUCAAAGACAAUUUGAGACAACAGAACAUUUGAUUACAUCUAACAUUUUCAGAUUUCUUAUGUGAGGAUUACAACACUGAGAAUGACUAUAAAAUGUGAAGAGAAAAAAAAUAAACAGCUAACUGGACCCACA